AUGGAAGAGACGAUAAACCGCCGGUGCCUCGGGCGCGGGCCAGUGUCGGUCCGCCGCCGCCGCCGCCGACGUCGGUUCUCCGUCGACGAGCGUCACGAGAUCAUGCGAGGCGUGUACCUGUCCACGCAGUACGGCGGCAGCGUGCGCUUCGCGCUCGGGUUCGUGGCGGGGAUCCUCCUCCGCGAGACCCACCUCCUGCGCAAGGGCCGGCGCCCGCCCAAAUCGGUGCUCGUCCCCGUGCGAGGGUACAAGGGAACCUCCUCCGCCGAUCGCGCCCGGGAGACGGAGGGACCGGACGCCGGGCCGCUUGUGUUCGUGCGCAGGCUCGAGGCCGGAGACUACGCCAAGGGCUUCAUGGAGCUCCUCGCCGUCCUGACCACGGUCGGCGACGUCGCCGAGGGCGAUUUCAUCCGGAGGGUGCGCGACGUCGCGAGCGGGCCCGAGUACGUGUACGUCGUCGAGGAGAACGGGAGGAUCAUCGCCACCGGGACGCUGGUGGUGGAGCGCAAGUUCGCGAGGUCGUGCGGCGUCGUCGGGCACAUAGAGGACAUAGCGGUGCUGACGUCCGCGCAGGGGCGGGGGCUGGGCAAGGUGAUCAUCCACGCGCUCAUGCGCGUCGCGGAGCGGAUGGGAUGUUACAAGGUGAUCCUGGACUGCGCGGAGAAGAACGUCGCGUUUUACGAGAAGUGCGGCCUGACGCAGAAGGAGAUCCAGAUGGUCAAGUACUUCAUCGACUGA